GGGAGGCAAAACAAUUCCUAUAAUUUUCAUUACACCAAAAUUUGGAUAACGACGAGUUGAUUUACAGAGAAUCAAAAUCAAAUCCACCUGCAAAUCCGCCAUUACCAACUACGCUAUCUCAGACAUACACACACAUCAAGAAGAAAGAGCUCACUCAUAAGUACACCAUGGUUUCUUUAGGAAUUGCAGUCGUAUCAAUGGCGAAACCCUCGUUUCUACGAGCCGAACAACACUUACCUUCUGAUCUCUCCGCCGCAACCUCUCCUGGAUUCGUCUCCUCUCGCCGCCGUGACCUCGUUUUUAUAGUCAAUCCUCGAGGUGCUAAUGGUCGGACGGGGAGAGAAUGGAAGAAAUUGCUACCGUAUCUUAGGUCUCGCCUCGGAAGUGAUUGUAAUAUAUGCGAAUCUUUGACUUCAGGUCCAUCUCAUGCGAUAGACAUAACAAGGGAGGCCAUACGUGAGGGUGCUGAUGCAGUGGUGGCAGUUGGGGGUGAUGGGACUCUUCACGAGGUUGUUAAUGGAUUCUUCUGGGGUGGAAAACUAGUUUCUAAACAUGAUUCUGAGGUUCCCCAUACAACAGCACUUGGUUUAAUCCCCUUGGGAACUGGAUCUGAUUUUGCAAGAACCUUUGGCUGGACAAAUGAUCCUGUUGACGCCAUUGAACGCAUAGUUAAAGGGUCUAGAUCGCGAAUUGAUGUAGGAGUAAUCACUAAAGAAGGUGGAGAUUUGCAUUACUUUAUAAAUGUUGCUGAUAUUCAUCUGAGUGCAAAAGCAGGCUAUCAUGCAUCUAAAUACAAAAGAUUUGGGAACUUGUGUUAUGUUAUUGGCGCAUUGCAAGCCUUUUUUGGGCAUAACAACCACGACCUAAAGAUUAGAGUUAAUGACGGGGAGUGGGAACUAAAUCCCCAGGUAACAGCUUUGUGCAUCGGAAAUGCUCAAUUCUUUGGUGGUGGAAUGAGGAUAACUCCCAAUGCCCAUCCUUCAAGUGGAAACUUUGAGGUGGUGAUACUUCAGGAUUUCAAAUGGUAUGACUUCGUUUUGAAAUUACAUAAGCUCUACAAUGGAACACAUUUGUCGGUGAAUAAUGUCUUGUCAAGAAGAGCGUUAUCGAUCGAAGUAGAGGAAGUCGUGGGCACCAACAGCAUUUACGUUCAAUCAGAUGGAGAGUUUCUGGGAUUCCUUCCAAGGAAGUUCUCGAUUCUGCCGGGUGUUAUCAGCAUGAUUUGCUGAAACCAAAUUUUCGAGAAUCAUACCGUUCUUCCUGAAGGAUUACUCGGUACCGUUUUUGCUACAAUGAAGGCGAGAUUAGACACCCGGAAAAGCAAUCAAAUCUAAGUUCAUAAGCAAGCUCCAACGGGUUUUUCCCCGAAAUGGUAAAAAGUAUUUAUUGCGUUCGAGUUAGAGUUGGCACUUGGCAAGACUCGGUUUUCGACUGAUUUGGUUUUUGAACUGUUUCGCUUCACAUGUCGUUUUCCAAACGAUCGAUAGUACUUAUGACACAAAAAUGCUUCUUUAUACCGUCUUAUAAAACAUUUAGGUAUAAUUGUUCUUAAA